GGCUCCGCUAGCCAGAUCCCUUCGCGAAUAGAGAGUAUGGCUAAUUUCUCUGGCAGGAAAUUUACCGUCGACGUCUCUAGUCCCGCUGAACCAAUAUCCCGUGCAUCCCGACGAAUCGUUAUCAACAGUGACAUUUUGAAGCAAGCUAAGAUAUACGCUGGCGAAGUAAUCGCAAUAUCAUCCGCGGAAUCUCCUAAGAAUUUUGCUGUUGGUGUCGCAUGGCCUUCAUCAGAGCUAUCACAGGAUUCUAUCUUCGUCUCUCCGCCAUUGCUGUUGACCGCACGGGUCUCGCAAGGAUCGAAGGUCAAUUUGUUCUCUUUGGACGCUCCAAAGGUACCACCAAGUAUCCCGUCCCUUCGGCACGCGAAACCUGCGCAAGUUAUACGAGUGAAGGAAGUUUCCGGAGAACAAACCAGUUCAAUAAGCUCUUCGAAGGAAUUCAUUAGAACUGCUGAGGCUCGAAAGAGUUCACGACGGAACUGGCUUACAUUGCUCAUUCGAGAAGCACUUAUUGAUCUCGGAUACCUCACACCAACGCAAACUAUUGAUGUCCUGUACGAGGGUCAAACCCGCCGAUUCUCUGUGUCGUCCGUAUCAACCAACCAUGAAGCAGAACAGCCGCCUGAUAUAGCGGACGACAUUCAGUCGUUAUCGCUGUGCGAUACACCGCCGAAACUGUGGACAGUCGGCUGGGAAACAGCAGUUAUCCUUGACACAGAGAGUUCAAAGACCGGAGAAGAAUCACAUUCCGGCAUCAGUAAAGACUCUAUGAAUGCUGUCGAACGCGGGGUGGAGAAGGAUGCCUACUCAGCUGUGGGAGGUCUCGACAAACAAAUAGCGCAAAUUCGGGACCUAAUAGAGAUCCCUCUUACCCGCCCUGAACUCUUCCGCCAAUUCGGGCUCAAGCCCCCCAGAGGCAUUCUGUUACACGGACCCCCGGGCACAGGAAAAACCCACCUCUCCCGCGCGAUAGCGGCCUCAACUGGGUCCGCCGUCCUCAUCGUCAAUGGACCUGAGCUUUCUUCCGCGUAUCACGGUGAGACCGAAGCAAAGAUUCGCGACGUCUUUGCAGAGGCUCGUUCACAUAGCUCGUGUAUUGUUGUGCUCGACGAAGUUGACGCGCUCUGUCCUCAACGCGAAGAUGGGCCUGGGGGAGAGGUCGAAAAACGUGUCGUCGCCCAGCUGCUCACGCUAAUGGACGGCAUGGACGAGGGCAAGGAUGGCUCUCAAGGCAAAGUCGUCGUCGUCGCAACGACGAAUCGUCCGAACGCCAUCGAUCCUGCGCUGCGACGUCCCGGACGCUUUGACAGGGAGAUAGAAAUCGGCAUACCCGACGCCGAAGCGAGGUUCUCUAUCCUUAAGGUGCUCCUAUCCAAAGCGCCCCACGCCAUCACCGAAGAAGACCUCCGGUCUGUGGCAUCGAAAGCCCACGGUUACGUUGGUGCCGACUUGAGCGCAGUUGUCCGCGAAGCAGGUACCUUCGCGAUCAAGCGUUGGCUCGCAUCCCAGCCGUCCGCCGACACGACCCCCCAGCUAGCGGUCACCGACCUUCUCAUCGCACUCCCAAGCGUACGCCCGUCGGCACUCCGUUCUCUUUUCCUGGAUACUGUCCCAGUCCGAUACUCGGAUAUCGGUGGCCAAGCACAAACUAUUCAAAAACUGCGAGAGUGCGUGGAGUGGCCAUUGUUGCACCCAGAGGCUUUCGCUCGACUCGGGGUGCGUGCACCCCGUGGUGUGCUGUUGUACGGUCCGCCCGGAUGCAGCAAGACGCUACUAGUGAGGGCAUGUGCGACGGAGAGUGGAGUCAACUUCCUCGCAGUCAAAGGCCCAGAACUGCUCAACAAAUACGUCGGAGAGUCUGAACGCGCAGUGCGGGACAUUUUCCGGAAGGCACGGGCCGCUGCACCAUCCCUCAUAUUCUUUGAUGAGAUUGAUGCACUGGCGGCUUCCCGUUCCGUGUCAGACUCGAGCGGCGGCGCCCACGAAGGUGUUCUGACUAGUCUCCUCAACGAGAUGGACGGGGUGCAAGAGCUCGUUGGCGUCACGAUUGUCGCGGCAACAAAUCGACCAGAUGUCAUCGACGCGGCAUUGAUGCGCCCAGGAAGGUUGGAUCGCGUUCUCUAUGUUGGACCUCCUGAUCUCGAGGGACGCGUAGAGAUUCUCCGCAUUCGCACUCAAAAGAUGAGAGUGGAAGCCGAUCUGGAUCUAAGGCAGAUCGCAAAGAUGACCGAGGGAUGUUCUGGCGCUGAGAUGACCGCGUUGUGCCAGGAAGCGGCGCUGUUGACCAUGAAGGCGGACAUUGACGCUCCUUUUGUCCCCCAGUCGGCAUUCUUGGAGGCAGCGAGGAACAUCAAGAAGCAGAUUACACCUGAGGUGGUUCGAUCAUACACCUCGUGGAGAGACAAGAAUGGCGCGACGGACGCUUAGCCUCGCGGAAAUGCAUGUAAUCCUGUUCAACUUCUUGUAUUACUGUAGAUUGUGCUUGUGUCAUUCAUACGAAUAAGCCCAGACAGGGACUGC